AUGGCGGCAUCGCCAUCGACUGGAGAGGGAGAAGCUAUCUCCGUGGUCACCCCCUCCGCUGCAGACGACCCUGCACUUGCACCGUCGUCGACGGCUGCCCUUGGCGGACCCUCCUCCUCCACCGCGGACGUCACUGCAACGCAUGAGCUGGCGGAUGGGCGCAACCUGGUAGAUCUUGUGAGCUACCUGCGACUACUCUUCGAUAGUGACGUACCGGAGCGAGCGAAGCUGCAGGCAUUUGGGAAAAGCCUUGUGCGUCUGUUGAUGGUGCGUUGCUGCUCGACGAUUAUAGCCUCCCUCCAGCACGUUGUACACCACACGUACGCCGGCACCACCACCGCUGAGGAGGACGACGCAGGGGCGGCGCUGUCAGCGCUUUUCGUUCAGCUUGCCAAGGAGAUCGACGUAGCCACGAGGGCGCUCCUAGGCUGUGUUCAGCUCGUCACCGCCAGCGCCGUCUCAUCAGACGCGGCCAGUACCCGCUUCCCUGUGCAACUAUGUGUCGAUGUGGUGAAGCAGACCCGCCGCGCCCAGGCAUACCUUCAGUCGCGCGUAGAGAGAGAGGAGCUGCGCCAGCUGCGUGCGUUCGUCAUGUCUUCCGGUAGCGCAGCGAGGUGGGUAGAGGAAUCAUUGGAGGAUGUAGACGCGGCGCAGGGCACCAUUGAGGGGAAAUCACGAGAUCACAUCGCGGCGCACGUACAGCGCCGCGUUGAAGUUCUGCGACAGCAGUGGGGCCCAUCGCUGGUGCACAGCGUCGGUAACAUCGGCGACGUAAUCGAGCCAUCUGUAAAGUUCCUGGCGUCGGUGGCCGCCGUCCGUGCUGAGGGGGCACCGGCACCGCUUGUGGCACUCAAGAAGGACGCCGCCCAAGAUCUCUUUUCCCUCUGCGAGCCCUUGACGACGGCAGCAGCGACUGGUGGGCAGGCCGGUCUCUCCAAGUCACUCUCAACAGAUAACUUGGCAGCUGUCGAGGAGACGCCCGUUAGUGGGAGCAGCGGUACUCCACUGACGUGGCGAGCGGCGGCGGGUGAGGUGCUCACCCAUCUCGGUAGCAGCUUCUCUGCCGACUACCUCGCUGCCGUGGCGGGGUGCUGUGGGGACAGCAACGAGGGCCAAUUGCUGGCAACUCGCCUGCUCACUGACAUGUUACAGCGUGUCGCUGCACAUGAUUUGCCGCUGCUACAGUGCGUUCUGCAGAACAGUCGAUGGUACCGCGCCUUGUACAAUGGCAUCCUCAACUGCGUUGCCUCGAUCCAGCCGGCGGUGUUGGCUGCCGGACUGGACGCGCUUAGGCUGCUAACCACCACCUGCCCAGAGGAAGUUGGACAGGAGGUGGGCUUUCUCUACAGCAACGUUGUGCUGCGUCUGCUGGAGUCCCCGAACAGUCCGCACUACGUGAAGCGCACCAUUGUGCUUCAUUUUAUCACCACCUUUAUGGGCAACAGCAGCACUCUCUCCGCCGGCGGCAGCCGCAGCGCCAUUCCCCUCACUCUUCACAUGUACCGUCUGUACGACCUCAAUGUACACGCCCAUCAGCUUAACUUCAUCCAGCAGCUCACUAGCGCCCUCUCCCGCAUCGUCCGGGCCGCACCCAAGGAGGAGUUUACGCAGGACGCCGUCGUGCAGGAGCAGCUGCGCCUCCAGCAAGAGGCGGCAGUGGCACUUGCUUCGGCGGUCACAACUCAGCUGGACAGGACGCAGCAUCGUCCUGGAGUGGUUAACGGCACCACCCCCUCGGAAUCAUUCUCGUCUCCCGGGGCUGCCCUCAACCUGGCCUCGCUCUCCCUCCCUGCCAUGGCACUGCAUGGCCUCGUUCGGAUCGUCGAACUCCUGAUGACGCAGACGCCGCCCGAGGAGGAGAGUGGCAGAGAUGUGCUCGCCGAGCUGCCUGUGAUGACAUGUCGUGAAUCGAAGCUCAAGGAGCAACAGGAGGUCGACCGAUUCAACGACUCUCCCAAAAAGGCAAUCUACAAACUCUUCAGCGUAAGCGCAGAAGAGAACGCGAUUCCCGACUCGCACGCCGACUUCAGCAGUCAGUGGGAGCACACGCUGCUCCCCCCGCUUCCAUCCGCUGCCUCAGCACAGAAGGUGGAGGCCGUCGCUGACUUUCUCACUCAGAUUAGCUCCCUUAACCCCGAGGCGGUAGCCGAGUUUCUGACGACGCCAGAAGUGUUCCCACUGCACGUCUGCGCGGCCUACCUGCGGCGUCUGCCACUGGCCGGGUGCAGUGUACUAGAGGCCAUCAGUGAGCUUCUCAUGCGGGUCCACUUGCCCAAGGAGGGGCAGCGCAUCGAGCGGCUGCUCGAGUACUUCUCCGCCGCCUACUACGAGGCAAACCGCGGACACGGUAUUAACACCGACGUCUUCCCGUUUAAGAGCGACACGGCGGUAUUCAUUGUUGUGGUCGCCACGGUGAUGCUCAACACCAACAUUCAUAACCCGUCCGCAGGGAUGCGGCUGGAUGUGAAGGCAUUCCGCGGCCAGCUGCACCGUUGCAACGAAGACGAGAGCUUCGCUGACAACUUCGUGGACGACAUCUUCUACCGCAUUAGUAGGCGCCCGCUCGAGAGCAUCAAGAGAAUUGCCAUCGACGCGACCGCGAGCACUGAAGGCGCCAGCCGCGGCUCCUUCGACAUAUUCUUUGUAUCACAGGAGGAGAAGCGGCAGCUGGCGUUUGGUGUGGAGCAGCAGCGCAUGGUGAGCGAGACACGGCAACUGCUGAAGCUCCGCACCCAGCAGGAUCCACCCGCACCGGCCCCGGACGGGUGGUGGUAUGCCGUAGCUAAGGACUUCCUCCUCAGCAUCUGGUCCUCAGUAUGUGCUGUCUUCGGCCCUGCCAUGUACGAGGGUGCCACGUCCGCGCCGUCGGAUGUCCUGUUGCAGUGUGUGCGAGGGCUGCAGUCGCUGCUGUGCACGGCAGCCGCGUUCGACCUACCAACGGAGUGCACUGUUACGUUGCUCACGCUGCUGCGCAUGGCGGAUGCGACGCCGGUGCGGGCGCAUUGCCUGCGGGCGGUGUUGGCGGUGGCCGCCACGACGUAUGCCAUCAACUUUCCGGUACGGUGCUGGGUGGCGGUGUAUCAGCUCAUUCUGGAGGUGCGCUGCACUGCGGCGGGGACGGCUCCGCCCCUCACCGAAGAUGUCUUCACUCGGAUCGAGGCCAUCACGCGCCUCAGCGUCGAGGCUGAAGGGAGAAGGGCGGCUGACGCCUCACUGCCGAAGACGGACCGACCCACGGAAGCAAUCCAUCGCGCCAUAGAGGGAAUCAUGACCACCAUCAGCGGCUACGCGGUCGGCGAUGUGGCGAAUCUUUCCUCCGCACUGGCGGUGCUGCGUCGGGUUCUGGAGUACACGCGCAUUGUCCACCUCAAGCGCACAGCGGACGUUGUUUACUUCGUGAAUGUGCGCGACUUCACGGCGGUGGUGGUACCGGCCUACGUAGGGCUCAUGCAGAAGCACAGCUCCAGCGACGACGGACUGCAGGUGCUCUGUGAGUCCUUGGUGGACUUGCUGUGCACGAUGUGGGCCUCUUACUCGACGUGCCGAGUCACGGUCUCGGCACCGGCAACGGAGACGGGGAAGGCCGAGACAACGGCGACGCUGACGGUGGAUACUGCCCCAGCUGGAUUUGUGCAAAGUUUCCGCUGCCUGCGCAGCAUCUACGAAGUCACCCUCGCAUCCGCCUCUGACGGGUCGGCGACGCUUCUGCAGAUGCACAUACUGCAGGCCGUAAAGGAAGUGCUGUCACGCACCGUUCGCGCGGCGGAGGUGACGUCUGCCGACCAGCAUCUCUCCCUUUACACGAUGAUGGCGUCGUGGCAAGAGGUGCUGUAUCCACUCGCCAUGGCGUUAUGCGACCGUAGCAGCACUGCCAUCGAGGCGGGCAGUCUCGCCUUGUUGGUGCUGCGCAAGCUGGUCGCUCUCUGUGGCGGCACCGGGACCGCCUCCUCUGAUCAACUUCCAGGGUUGGUGCGUGCUACACUUCUAUGGUUGCUGGCCCAGCUAGCCUACAUGGGCGGCAUGUGCGGGGACACGGACAGCGCUCAAGUGUGUGUAGCGCUGCUGAGCAGUAUUUGCACUUCCACAGUGGCGAUGUCCGCGACAGCUGUGUCAUCAUCGUCGCCCGGGAGUAGUCCGGGUGGUCCGGCCUCGCCGGUAAUCGCCGUGGAGGACCCGAGCACCUUUGCGCGGCGGAUGGAGCAGCGCAAUGCGCUAACACAGCAAGUGGUGGCAUCGAUUGAAGAGAACCCGCACUACGUCGUCCACAGCACGCUAGCGCGGCUGUGUUUGCUUCUACGGUGCGAGCGGGAGCAAACGCGGGCAGAGGUGGUGCGUCAGCUGCGCACUCUCUCGCUGCAGCUGCGGCCGGCGCAGCUGUGUCCUAUGGUGCUGGACUUGGCGGAGGUUGUGUUAGAGGGCACCAUCGGGUAUGCUGCGCACCACCACACGACGCCCAUCACACACUCCAGCCUCACCCCGUUUCUCUUUUUCGAGCUUCCGGUACCGGCGUCGUUGCGGCGGUGCUUUCGGACGUCGUUCCGGACCACUGUACCCUCCGUGCUCGGGUUCCUUGCCAAUGAGCUGCUCACCGGUCUCAGUGGGGACGAUCUGGCCACAGCUGCUGAGUCGGUCAUGCGGCGCUGCCUCCUGCCAAUUUUCCUCAGCCCCAAUAGUUCCUAUCAAUGCCGCUUCCUCGCCGUCCGCUCCCUCUCCCAGUGCGUCGCCGUCUGCCUGCCACAGAACAACGAGGCGCCGCUCCCGAAGCUGGCGCAGUGUGUGCUGGACUGCCUAGCGAUGGCACUGUACGCCGUGCGCGUCCCACUCACUGCCGUGAUGUCGCCCGACUCCAGCUUUGUGGGUCGACGCUGGCUGGACCAGCCAACGACCAGCGCUGGGUCAGGGUGGGCGGUUUACUGCGCUCAAGCUGCCUACACGAUGGAGCUGAUGGACCGGGCAGAGCCGCCGUGGCUCAUGCGUGGGGCAGCGGCGGAAGCGGCGCUGAGUACAUUCGGACCACUGCCGACAGAGGAGCUGAAUGGCGUGGCUGCCACCCAGACAGCGAGUCGCAGUGACUGCGCCGCUAGCGAGGAGGCGCGUCGUACCGGCGGCACCGCCCUUUUCUCGGACGAUCUUCUCAUCGAGUAUGUAAAUCUGCUCGCCCAGGUCUUAGCUGGGGUGCCCAAAGAGCUGCAAGGUGUGGUGUCGAGCGCCGCCACUGCUACUGGCAGCACCGCGCCGUCGGCCAGUGCAGCGGAGGUAGCUGGAGCAAGCACAGACGACUGGGAGUUGCCCCGAGCCUCUGCAAUGGUGCUGCUGCAGUUAAGCCUUCAGGCGGCCGGCACGCUCUUCGCUGUGUUGUGGCGCAUCAACCACCCGCACGAAGUGGAGCAGUACGCGCUGCAGUCUGUAGAGAUGAGACGGGAGGCACAGGCACUCACCAGAAACAGCGGGCUGCUGCCGCACGCGGCGAUACGCAACGUUCUACAGUGUUACCUGGAGUUGGCCAUGCUGUCCACUGAGUACCCUUCUGGUGAGCUGCUGACGGUCACCACCGACAUAAUCGAGGGAAUUCGACAGGUGCAGGCCGCCACCCACGCCGCCGCGCCGUCGCCCCCGAAGCCAUCCGUUGCCGUCGGUGGCGGUACCGGGGCCGCCACGGAAGCGACAGGCGAGUCCUCACUCGCUGCCGACACCGCCUCGCUCCAGCGACUGUCGCCGCAAGAGCAGCAGCAUGUCCGCACCUGCAACUCAGGCAUGUACCAGCAACUGGCCUUUGUCCUGGGGUAUCUCGUGCGGCUGCUGACUGGGCCACCCACGUUGACGGCGCCGGUGGCGGGUUGGGCGAGACGGCAGGAGGCUUUCAAGGCAAUGGCGCUGCACCCACAAUUUUUCGCUUCGUUGGUCUCGCUGCUGACGCCGACGGCCGGCACGCUGGUCAUCACAGUGCGCGACUACUUCACGUGGUACAUCGCUCACGCGCAACCGCUGCAACAGGCAAGCGGAAUCUCCGGGACUGUGGCGGGUAGAGGCAGCGCUGCCGGUUCGGGUGAGGUCGUCCCAACCUCGGCUGCGCAGAACGACGAGGUCGGUGCGCCAUCUGCGAAGGUGACAGUCGUGAACGGCACGCACGACGGCAACGGCCGCGCUCUCAGCAACUACGAUAUCAAAGGGAGCUGA